AUGGCGACGCCAACGGUCUUCGUCGUCGGGGCUGGACCGGCUGGUCUCAUGUUGGCCGUUCUCUUGACCAGAUUCGGCAUCAAUGUCGAGGUCAUAGACGAGCGAGCCGACCAGACGCAAGCUGGCCGUGCUGAUGGGUUACAGCCCAAGACUAUAGAGACCUUGCGUCAGCUCAGGCUGGCGGAUGGUCUCUUGCAGAAGGGCGCGAAGGUCUUUGACAUCUGCUUCUGGGAAGCCACUGCCAAUCGCCGGUUAAGGCGCCUAGGCCGCGAGAUUCACUACCCGGCCUUGGUUGUGGAUCUGCUGGAUGAUUACAUUCUGCUAGUUCACCAGGGCGUGGUCGAAGGCGUUUUCCUAGAGGACCUCCGGAAGCGGGGCGUCGAGGUAAAGCGGAGUCACCAGUUCCAAAAUUUCAAGCGGCAGCAGGAAGGGGAAGCGGAUCUUUUAGAGAUCGAAAUGGCCACCGUCGGGACGGGUGAAAAGGAGACGGCGCUGACCAAAUACAUCGUGGGAUGCGAUGGUGCCCGGUCCAAGGUCCGGAACUGCAUACCGGAUACCUAUUCGGUGGGAAAAUCGCACGAGUCCGUAUGGGCCGUGCUCGACGGGGAGCUCAUCUCGGACUUCCCGGAUCUCUGGUCCAAGACCGUCGUCUACAGCGAGGUGCACGGCUCCAUCCUCAUCGUCCCCCGGGAACGGGGCACAACUCGAUUCUACGUAGAGAUCAAGCCGGACACCGAGACUAGCAACCUGCGCGAGCUCGGCCAAGAGUUUGUCAUGCAGCGCGCCAGACAGAUCUUGGCGCCGUACUCGGUCGAGUGGCGCACCGUGGAAUGGUUCGGUAACUACCAGAUCGGCCAGCGGAUAGCGAAUAAGUUUACGGACCCAAACCUGCAGGCCUUCAUCGCCGGCGACGCGAGCCAUACCCACUCGCCCAAGGCUGCCCAGGGCAUGAAUACGAGCAUGCACGACAGCUGGAACCUCGCGUGGAAGCUGAACCUCAGCACCCGCGGUCUGGCGAAGCCGGUCCUGCUCGAGUCGUACGAGCUCGAGCGGAGGAAGAUCGCUCACGAUCUCAUCAACUUCGACUACGAGCACGCCAACAAGAUGGCUGGCGGCGACGCCAAGGCGCUGGCCGAGAACUUCCGCACCAACGUGAGGUUCAUCUCGGGCGUCGGGGUCGAGUACGACCACAACGUGCUCAACCACCCGGCCAAGCGUGCCGGAGGCGAGCUGCGGCCGGGCUGCCUGGUGCCUCCGGCCAAGGUGACGCGGUAUAUCGACGCGAAUCCCAUCGACGUCCAGCUCGACAUCCCCAUGCUUGGUCAAUUCCGGGUGUACUUUUUCGUGCCCGAUAUCCACAACAGCAUGCCCUUCCUCCAGACUUUCUGCAACGGAGUAACGAAGCAGGACUCGCUAUUCCGAAAACUGAGCCAAGCCGCGGCGGCGAGCUAUAUAGAAAAGCCGCGCGUCUUUACGGGCGAAGAUGUAUACGUGCGUUCGGAGAGAUAUACCGGCGUUAGCGAGCUUACGACGUUCUCUCUCAUUACUACCAUGGACAAGGCUAGGGUCGAGAUUCAGGACCUUCCUCCGCUCUUCGCUCGGAGUGCGUGGACCUUCUACCUAGACAACGUGCCCUACUUAGAUACGCGUAGGCAGACCUGCACGAGCAAGUGGGUGGGGACCUUGCAGAAGGACGAGGUCGCCGUCGUGAUCCUGCGGCCGGACGGCUACGUAGGGUCGAUCAGCAGGUGGGAUUCUCUCGGCGUCAGCGCCGGCACGACGGCGGCCGACUGGCUUAAUUCGUACUAUGAUGGAUUCCUCAAGGUUCCCGAGGAUAAGUCGAAAUAA